CUGCCACUAGCGCGCUCCGCGGCUCAUUCCGCGGCCGCCGCCAGCUGAGGGGAGCGUCGCGGGCCGAGGAGCAGAUGCCGCGGGGGCCGCUCACAGCCGCCGCCGACUUGUGAAUGGGACUCGGACUGGGGCCCGGGCUGACACCACUGCGCUCACCCAGUGCCAGGGACCGCCGGCCGGGAGGUCGCGUUCGCCCGCAAGGGCCCCAGAAAUCACUGUGCUUUCGGCUUUGUGGACCUGUGAAGACAUUCAUUUCUCUUGUUAUCUGUUGAAUGAUCAAUCAGAUGGGUGGAAUAUGUUAUAGGAAUUGGCAGCAAGUGUCCAAUGGGUGAAGAAGAAGCUGACUGGGGAAGUGGGCAGCCCUGACGUGAUGUCCUCAGCAAGUGAAGAUACUCCAUUCCAGAGGAGGUCUAAUUGACACAUCUGGGAGGCCGCCGUCUGAAAGACUGCCACUCUGGUGGCGUACGGAGUGAUAGUUGCAUUCUCCUGUGCCUACCACAUAACCAAAAAUGAAGGAGAACUACUGUUUACAAGCUGCCCUGGUGUGCCUGAGCAUGCUAUACCACAGCCAGGCAUUGGCCCUGGAGCGACGAACCCACCUGCGGCCCCCAUUCCAUGGACACCAUGAGAAGGGCAAGGAGGGCCAGGUGCUGCAGCGCUCCAAGAGAGGCUGGGUCUGGAACCAGUUCUUCGUGAUAGAAGAGUACACUGGGCCUGACCCUGUGCUUGUGGGCAGGCUUCAUUCUGAUAUUGACUCUGGUGAUGGGAACAUUAAAUACAUUCUCUCAGGUGAAGGAGCCGGAACCAUUUUUGUGAUUGAUGACAAAUCAGGGAACAUUCAUGCCACGAAAACAUUGGACCGAGAGGAGAGAGCCCAGUACACACUGAUGGCUCAGGCGGUGGACAGGGACACCAACAGACCACUGGAACCACCAUCAGAAUUCAUUGUCAAGGUCCAGGACAUUAAUGACAACCCUCCAGAGUUUCUCCAUGAAACCUAUCAUGCCAAUGUGCCUGAGAGGUCGAAUGUGGGAACAUCAGUAAUCCAAGUGACAGCCUCCGAUGCAGACGACCCCACUUAUGGAAAUAGUGCCAAGUUAGUGUACAGUAUUCUUGAAGGACAACCUUACUUCUCAGUGGAGGCCCAGACAGGUAUCAUCAGAACAGCCCUUCCCAAUAUGGACAGAGAAGCCAAGGAGGAGUACCAUGUGGUGAUCCAGGCCAAGGACAUGGGUGGACACAUGGGCGGGCUCUCAGGGACAACCAAAGUGACGAUCACUCUGACUGAUGUCAAUGACAACCCACCAAAAUUUCCACAGAGCGUGUACCAGAUGUCUAUUUCAGAAGCAGCUGUCCCGGGGGAGGAAGUAGGAAGAGUGAAGGCUAAAGAUCCAGACAUUGGAGAAAAUGGCUUAGUCACGUACAAUAUCGUUGAUGGAGACGGCGCAGAACUGUUUGAAAUCACAACGGACUAUGAGACACAGGAAGGUGUGGUGAAGCUGAAAAAGGAAACUGACACACGAACGUUGACAUCAGCGAUUCCUGUCUCCCAUCCUUUGCUGUUCAAGUAUUCAAUUGAUCGUCAUACUGACCUCGACAGGUUUUUCACGAUUAAUCCAGAGGAUGGUUUUAUUAAAACCACAAAACCUCUAGAUAGAGAGGAAACUGCCUGGCUCAACAUCUCUGUCUUUGCAGCAGAAAUUCACAACAGACAUCAGGAAGCCAAAGUCCCAGUGGCCAUCAGGAUCCUAGAUGUCAAUGACAAUGCUCCUAAAUUUGCUGACCAUUAUGAAGGCUUUAUCUGUGAGAGUGAUCAAACCAAGCCACUCUCCAACCAACCAAUAGUUACAGUUAGUGCAGAUGACCAGGACGACACAGCCAAUGGACCAAGAUUUAUCUUCAGCCUACCCCCUGAAAUCAUUCACAACCCAAAUUUCACAGUCAGAGACAACAGAGAUAACACUGCAGGGGUAUAUGCCCGACGUGGAGGUUUCAGUCGACAGAAGCAGGACUUCUACCUCCUGCCCAUCGUGAUCAGUGAUGGUGGCAUCCCACCCAUGAGUAGCACCAAUACCCUCACAAUCAAAGUCUGUGGGUGUGACGUGAAUGGGGCACUGCUGUCCUGUAAUGCUGAGGCCUACAUCCUGAAUGCCGGCCUGAGCACCGGGGCCCUCAUCGCCAUCCUUGCCUGUAUUGUCAUUCUUCUAGUCAUUGUCGUAUUAUUUGUGACUCUGAGGAGGCAAAAGAAAGAACCACUCAUUGUGUUUGAGGAAGAGGAUGUCCGUGAGAACAUCAUAACUUAUGACGAUGAAGGGGGUGGUGAGGAGGACACUGAAGCCUUCGACAUUGCCACCUUGCAGAAUCCUGAUGGUAUCAAUGGAUUUAUUCCUCGCAAAGACAUCAAACCUGAGUAUCAGUAUAUGCCUAGACCUGGGCUGCGACCGGCACCCAACAGUGUGGAUGUAGACGACUUCAUCAACACAAGAAUACAGGAGGCAGAUAAUGACCCCACAGCCCCUCCCUAUGACUCCAUCCAAAUCUAUGGCUAUGAGGGCAGGGGUUCUGUGGCUGGGUCUCUGAGCUCCUUAGAGUCUGCCACUACAGAUUCAGACCUGGACUAUGACUAUCUACAGAACUGGGGACCUCGCUUUAAGAAACUAGCAGAUUUGUAUGGCUCCAAAGACACUUUUGAUGACGACUCUUAACAAUAAUGAUACAAAUUUGGCCUUAAGAACUGUGUCUGGCAUUCUCAAGAAUCUAGAAGAUGUGUAAACAGGUAUUUUUUUAAAACAAGGAAAGGCUCAUUUAAAACAAGCAGAGUUUUACAGAGAGGAAACAUUUAAUAAAACUGCAAGGACAUCAAAGUGGUAAAUACUGUGAAGUACCUUUUCCCACUAAAAAAGCAAAUAUUGAAGUUGUUUAUCAGCUUCAUUAGAGAAAAACCACUUGGCACACACAAUAUUUAAAUGAAGGAAAAGGCUACGGUGAACUUACAACGAAGGGAAAUCGUCUAUGUGUUCUGAACAUCUAAGUCUCUCUUAUUUUAUUUUUUAAUUUGUCAAAGAAGCUUCCACAAAAUUAGAAAGGACAACAGUUCUGAGCUGUAAUUUCGCCUUAAACUAUGGACACUCAAUCUGUAGUGCAUUUUUAAACUUGAAAUAUAUAAUAUCCAGCCAGCUUAAACCCAUACAAUGUAUGUACAAUACAAUGUACAAUUAUGUCUCUUGAGCAUCGAUCUUGUUACUGCUGAUUCUUGUAAAUCUUUUUGCUUCUACUUUCAUCCUAAACUAAUACGUGCCAGAUAUAACUGUCUUGUUUCAGUGAGGAGCACCCUAUUUCUAUGUCAUUUUUAAUGUAUCUAUUUGUACAAUUUUAAAGUUCUUAUUUUAGUAUACAUACAAAUAUCAGUAUUCUGACAUGUACGGAAAUGUUACAGCAUCACACUUAUAUUUUAUGAACAUUGUACUGUUGCUUUAAUAUGAGCUUCAAUAUAAGAAGCAACCUUUGAAAUAAAAAAAAAAGAUUCUUUUUUAA